AUGAGUCAUCAUCUUUUUCUUCGAAUUGCAAAUGAGGUUGAACAACACGAUCUAUACUUCAUCCAAACAACAGAUGCCAUUGGAGUUCUUGGUUUGUCAUCCCUUCAGAAGAUAACAACUACUUACAGAAUUCUUGCUUACAGAACACCAACAGAUUCUGUGGAUGAAUACAUCAGAAUUGGAGAAAGCACUGUCAUACAUAGUCUAAGAAGUUUUUUGAAAGCUGUUAUUGCAGUGUUUGGCGACUAUUACUUGAGACCACCAAACAAUAGCGAUAUUACUCGAUUGCUACAGAUAGGGGAACAACGUGGCUUUCUCGGUUUGAAGAAAAAACAUUUUGCUAAAGCACAAGAGUCGGCAAGAAAAGAUGUGGAGCGGGCAUUUAAGGUACUUCAAGCCCGUUUUGUAAUCGUGCAUGGACCAAUACGCUUUUGGGAUGAAGAAACACUUGCAGAUAUUAUGAAAGUGUGCAUAAUAAUGCAUAAUAUGGUCAUUAAGGAUGAAGGAGAUAUUGAUAACAACGACUUUGAUGGAAGUGAUGCAAAUCCGCCUGUGGAAGUGUCACAUGCGUAUACACCAAAAUUGGAAGAUUUCAUGCAAACCCAUUGUCAAAUUAGGGACAGUGCAACUCAUUCUCAACUACAAUCAGAUCUUAUCGAGCAUUUGUGA